AUGAAUAAGUUUUACGGUCUCAGGGGCACGAAGCUCAACAUCGCCAUUGCUGUUGUGGCGGGUAUUGAUUUCGCACUGUUCGGAUAUGACCAGGGUGUCAUGGGCGGUCUCUUGACCCUGCCCUCUUUCCUCGCGACGUUUCCCCAAAUCAACGUCCAGCAACCCCCCGAAGGAACCAGCUCUGGGACGGCCUCGAACGUCCAGGGUAUCACCGUUGGUGGAUAUACGCUUGGAUGCUUCUUCGGUGCGGUGGCGACGAUAUGGCUGGGGAAUAUCCUUGGGCGGAAACGGACGAUCAUGGUCGGGAGUACGAUCAUGGUCAUUGGGGCUGCGAUUCAGUGCUCUUCGUUUAGUCUGGGCCAGCUCAUUGCGGCUAGGCUGAUCACUGGAUUCGGGAAUGGCAUGAACACGAGCACCGUGCCAACUUGGCAGUCAGAGACUUCCAAAUCCCAUCGCCGCGGGCAAAUGGUCAUGAUAGAGGGAAGCCUGAUCGUUUUCGGCGUGAUGAUCUCCUACUGGAUCGACCUAGGAUUCUCCUUCUUGGAACCUUCAACUAUAAGCUGGCGUUUCCCGAUUGCCUUCCAGAUUGUGUUGGCAUUGUUGGUCCUCGCGGGCAUUCCAGGUCUACCAGAGUCGCCACGAUGGCUCGUGCUCAAGGGCAAGGAAGAAGCUGCUCUGGAGGUCCUGUGUGCAUUGAGCGACACCACAGAGGACGACCCGAGAGUCCAAGACGAGUUCAGAGCCGUCAAGGAUACGGUCUUCGAGAUGGCCUCCGGAGGCUUUUCAGACAUGUUCAAGUUCAACCGCAACAGGAAUUUCCACCGGACGGCUUUGGCAUAUGUUAAUCAGAUGUUCCAGCAAAUCUCGGGAAUCAAUAUUAUCACUUACUACGCAGCUACUAUCUUUGAGAACAACAUCGGUCUAUCGCCGUUCCUGAGCCGUCUGCUCGCUGCCCUGAACGGCACAGAAUACUUCAUGGCCUCCUGGCUCGCCAUAUUCACAAUCGAACGAUUCGGACGACGGGCGCUGAUGCUCUUCGGCGCUGCAGGUCAGGCUGCAUCAAUGGCCAUUCUAGCAGGCUUGACUUCCGUGCCAACAUCCGAUCCACGGAGCCACAGCCUUGGAAUAGGAGCUGCAGUCUUUCUAUUUGUGUUCAAUUCUUUCUUUGCGAUAGGUUGGCUGGGCAUGACUUGGUUGUACCCUGCGGAGAUUACGCCUCUCAAUAUUCGAGCUCCGGCAAAUGCGAUUGCUACGACGGCAAACUGGAUCUUCAAUUUCAUGGUGGUCAUGGUCACGCCGGUUGCUUUUGAUUCGAUUCGCUGGAAGACAUACCUUGUCUUCGCCGUUAUCAACGCAUUCAUGGUCCCAUGCGUAUUCUUCUUCUACCCCGAAACCGCCUAUCGAUCCCUGGAAGAAAUGGACGAGAUCUUCCACCAAGUUCACGGUUGGCAGGGCGCUUUCACAGUCGUCAAGGUCGCCAACACUAUGCCACGCAGGUAUGGCAAGAGAGGCGAGCUGCUUAUUGCCUACGACAAUACCGAGGAGGCGAGAGAAUAUCUCUUGAGGCUAUAA